GAAUUUGUCCUUUCCCGCUGGCUGUCUCCACGAGCCCGCCGGGUCGCCCGUGAGAGAGUGGAGAGGGCGCUGGGUGCUGUCAACUGAACUAAGGGAACCAGAACGUGCUCAGAACGACCGAGUUUACGAUUCUCUAUAGAACCUAGGCCAAGUUUUGUCUGUCUUUGGCCCCGACCUCCCUGACCUUGGCCUCGACAGUCGGCAUGGAGGUCAACAAGGGCGCUGCUGCCGCCAUCUUCCUUGCUCUUCUGAGCGUCGUGGCCAGCCUGAAGAACCUCCAGCCGACCAUCGUCACAGGCACCUUCGUCCAGCUGGAGUGGGAGAGUGACGGGAACGGGACGGGAAUGGAGCCGGAAUUCGAGGUCGCCUGGGGAGCGGAGCCGGAGCUUCGCCUGCGCACCCACUCUGCAAGGGCGAGGUUAACGGACCUGCAACCCGGCACCAGGUACUCCAUCACGAUAAGAAGUGUCUCCAGGGGCUCCGCUAGAGGGAUUAUGGUACGGCUACAGACAGCGUCGCUGAGACUGACCCAGUCGUGGGGGAACCAGCUGCAGGUGGCGUGGAACUCGGCCUUCGCGAACCCUAGAGCAGUCCGAAUGAUGUACAAAGUGCAGUGGAAUAUAACAUCCAGAGCACUUUCAAGCAACUACACUUUCAACCAAACCACAAUUGUGAACUCGACUGAGGCUGAAAUAAUGAAAAUACGUGUCCCAUACUACGCAGAGAUCGUAGUGUGCGUCCAGGCUCGGCGGCAGAAGGAUGAAUGGUCUCGAAAGGCAUGCGAUUCUGUAACAACACAGACUGGAACGCCAGGAAAUGUAAGGAACCUGAAGAUCACCCCAGAUGAGCGUUCCUUAAGAGUGACCUGGGAAGACCCGGGCGACACUCCUCCCACAGGAGAGCUAGACAGGGUGUCUAUAGAAGUGAGCAACACAUGCAAAUCGUUCACGUCUUUAGAGCCCAUUCGUAAUUUAAGUACUGGCUCUGGGAAGAGGUUUUUCAUCGUCAAACAUCUCCAGCCUGAUUCAGACUAUGCUAUAAAGGUGCGCGCCUUGAACAAGGGAUUAAGUACUUCCAAAUCUGUGUCAGCAAACUCAAGGACUCUCCCUGGCGUCCCGUCGUCGCCGCGCGCUCUCCUUGCCCUGCCCUGGAGCAGCACACAGGUCCUUCUCUCGUGGGCGCCGCCAGACGAACCUCAGGGCAUCCUUGUCAAUUACACAGUCUCGGUUGAUGGAAAAGUCGGCACAUGCAAAGAGGACACGCUCCAAGUGCAUCGGUGCGAGAUAAACGGCUUCACCCCAGGAGAAAACUAUCGCACCGAGGUGGCAGCAUGCAACAGACUUCACUGCAGCAGUGCGGUUGCAACAGAGGUCGCCAUGCCAUCUGAAAGAGUCCUCCCAGUGUGGAUCCCGGUCCUGCUGGCCUUCCUUCUGUUCAUCGUCCUCGGACUUCUGCCCUUCAUGCUGUGGCGAAGCAAGAAAUUGGUGGAUCAUCUGAAUGAAAGAAUUCGGCUCACAGAGGCCAUACAUGCUCCGGCCACAAAUGACAAAGGCCGACCUGGAGAAGAAGCAGUUUUGGCUUCAGAUAACCCAGCCAAGGACCAGGCGCCAAAUCCUGAUCCCCAUGAGUACGACGACCCAUACACCCUGGGAGUUGCUUACACACCUCAAGUGAACCAAGGAGAUAUUCUUUUGGGCGAAGAUCAGAAGCAAAACCGUAUCAGUGAGGCUGUCUAUGCCAACAUACUCGCAAGCAGUGAGCAUCAGUAUGCAAAUAUCCAUGUAGCAACUACUUGCGUUAUUUCACGUUGACUAGUCACUUAAUGUCAGAGAGAGAGAGGAGAGGAUCAUGUUUUCCUUUUAGUAUCCUUUCACAGGUAUGCUUAAUGUAUCAUAUUCAACUAUGUGCCCGCCAAGGUGCAUUCUGAUGAUUUAUCCCAUCUUUUAAGAUAGAGCCAUGCACAGAGUUGUAGGUUUGCAGGUGAUGGAGUUGGGGCAGGCAAAGACCUCCUCCUUCUUGGGUUUGACAGAGUGUGUGCAGGAAAUCUUGGCUGCAUGGAUGAGAUAUCGUUUUUUAUUGGCAUGUCCCUUAGUCUCGCCUCCAUGCUAUUGGGGAAUACUCGAGGGAGGGGAAGUGGAGUCACACUUUGUGCCUGUCUACGAGUCAUGAUGCUUUGUUUAAAGGGUUAUUUCGAGAGUUUACAUCUCAUUUCAAGCUGCAAGUGUAAUGCCGUUACCCAAUGGCUUCUGUGGCAUAGGGAAGAGCCCCGGUAUGUACAUAUACUGAUGGAAAGAAUUCCUGAAGGAGGUAGCUUUUACUUAACUUCAGUGACUUUUAAAUCCAGCCAUGCUAAGAGGAAGAAAGGUCUUCUGGAAUGUCGGCCUUGGUUCUGAGAUCACUAACCUGCACGUAGAACUGACUUGUUUAUUUUACAAUGAUAAAGUAGAAAAUGAUACACCUUGAUUAAAGAGUCGAGAGUUGUUUAUUUAGUUACAGGAGUUAAGUACAUUUACAAGGACAGAGUUAGGUUACAGAAUGCAAAGCAAAACUUGACUGGCCAGGAAAGGCCGGAAUUUAACGUCGAGCUCCCUGUCCAGCCAAAUAAUUCUAAUUAAAGAAAUGAAUAUCCAAAGGCCCAAAAAUGCUAAUUAUAAUACUCAACACUGCCAACACAAUUGUCUGUAGAUAAAGAUGCUUUAGAGUUGUAAAUAGUACCCUGUUUAUGUUGGCUUCUGCUUAGCUGAUAUCCAUAUGAUAUUUAAAAAAUAGUAGGUCGAUGUGCCUGCUGUGUAGUGAUCUACGUUGAAUGCGUUCUUGCUUACUUUAGAUGAAUAUUGUAUGCUAUAGGAAUGGCCAGAGAUGUCAUCUUGAAACACUGGUGGCUACAUGAUGCUCUUGUGCCAUGGGAAAAAUAUCGUCUAUAUAGGGUUAUCAAAAUGUAGAGUGAAAAUCUUAAUGCGUUUAUGUUUUUGGUUUGUGUAAGCAGCCAACAUUCUCCCCUGGUGGCGAAGCGUUGAUGGAAGCUUGUCUUAAAUGUUCUUCAUUGUUUUUUUGCAUGUUUUUAUGUGUAUGUCUAUGGCUUUGUUAUGCAUAUGCUUGUGGUAAUGUAAAAGACAUCUGAGUGUAUUAAAUAAACUAUUCUGGCCCAGU